AUGUCGGGGACGAGGAGUUGGCUUCUGCCUUGUAGUUCAGGAUGUUGUACAGGAGUAAGUCAUAAAAUAGCUGUUAAAGUGAACGGUCGAAUAAUGUUUGCCUUACUUCUUCUUUUUUUGGCCUUCGAUUUAUCCUUACAACAGCAGCAGGUUGCUGACUUGAACCUUCUCGCCGAACUGGAUCGAAUUGUACAAAAUAAUGCAACUGGAAUCUCAGGUGUUUGUUCCACUGAUAAUGAAUGCAGAGUAUUUGAAUAUUGUUCGUUUAAUCGCUGUGUAUCGGAUACGAGGAAUUGCCCGGGUGGUACUUGUCCAAUGGGAACAGUUUGUAUCGGCAAUCAGUGUAUUCGGGAUCCAAUAAUAGCGACGACACCGUUGACAGCGCAAGUACAAAGAAAAUGCCCUCAUCAGUGGAUAUUUAAUCAACAAUUCAACGCAUGCUAUUUUGUCGGUCGUGGGCCAUACAGCUACGAAGGAGCUAAUACUGAAUGCACAGCUCGUGGUGGACAUGUCGCAUCUGUGCAUUCAAUGGAAGAAAUGAACUUUAUAAACAAUCUUGUUGGUAGCGGCGCAUACUGGAUUGGACUUCGCAAAAGCGGUAGUUUCUUUCCGAGUUUCACAUGGGAAGAUGGAAGCCCAGUUGAUUUCAAAAAUUUCCGAAAGAGCCAACCGGACAAUUGUUGUGGAGUUGGUGCCGAAUGCACGCUAGUAAAUUACGUUGGCAAUAAGGGUGAAUGGGAUGACGCUAGUUGCAAUAAACUGUGGCGUAAUCCAACAAAUAUCGUUUGUAAGAGAGCACCGCAAUGA